CUCAUCCAUUGUUCUUGUCUAAAGGUCUCCGUUUCUUCAUCUUGUUCGCUCAAGGAAGUAGUGGAGGUAGAGAAUCAUGGCGUCGACACUCACCACACUAAGCCUUCGUUCGCCGACUUCGACUCCAUCCUCUGCGUGUCCUUCCCAUUCUUCCACCUCUUUCCCGAAGCAAACCCUAGAUUUCCCGAUUCGAAGCCCCAAAUUGUCCCGCAAAGCCAACUUCCUUCCCCCUAUUUGCGCCGUUGCCGUACCAGAGAAAGUAGAGAAGAUUGGAAACGAGCUCAAAAACCUAACCCUAGAAGAAGCUCGCAGCCUCGUUGACUGGUUACAGGAAGAGCUCGGUGUCUCCGCUGCUGCCUUCGCACCGGCGGCUGUUGCCGUAGCGCCUGGUGCCGUUGCCGAUGCGGGACCAGCCGUCGUUGAGGAGCAAACGGAGUUCGAUGUUCUUAUCGAGGAAGUGCCGAGUAACGCGAGGAUUGCAACGAUUAAGGCCGUGAGAGCACUUACGAAUCUGGCGUUGAAGGAAGCGAAGGAGUUGAUUGAAGGAUUACCGAAGAAAUUCAAGGAGGGAACCUCAAAGGAAGAGGCAGAGGAAGCCAAGAAGCAGCUCGAAGCAGCGGGGGCAAAGGUAUCCAUUGUCUAGACUUUAGAUAGAUGAUAGAUCGGAAGAUGAGGUGAAUUCAACAAAUGCUUUUGUCCUGUUUAUUUCUGUGAUAAAAUUUAGCUCUUGUUGCGUCUUUUUCAUUUGUACAAUUAAAUCGGUGACUUUUGUCGAUAAUUUCAAGCAAUUUCUUUCCCAUUCUCAA